AAAUGGUACAACUCGCAACACAGCGAUACAGUCGGCCGUGACAUUCACGGCUAAUUGCAAGCCACGGUCUACAGCUUUGGCAAAAACCAUCGUUUUGAGCUUAGUGUAGAAGUUCAAAUAGUCACCAUGUCGGACGCCAAAAAGAACUUGCUUUUGUUUUUCGACCGGCCCACGGAGCCCUGCUUUAUGCAGAAGGGUGAAAACAAAUCUAUUUUCCAACUACCCGAUAAUUACUAUCCGGAAAAGUACAGGUCGACGAGCAACACAAUAGCCGACCGCUUCGGCAGCGACGCCACGCAGACCAUCCCGAUCCGCAACAUCUCGCUGCCGAACCUCUCGCUGCCGAUGCAGCUGCCCUACAACAGCCAGUUCUCGCUGUGGGUGCCCAAGCACAAGGAGAUGGCUACUAAGCUCAUUGAUAUUUUUAUAGGUAUGCGUGACGUGGAAGACUUGCAGUCACUAUGCUCAUACUGCCAACUACGAAUCAACCCAUAUCUUUUCAACUAUUGCCUCUCAGUCGCCAUCUUGCACAGAGAAGACACAAAGGGUCUGAACAUCCCGACCUUUGCGGAGACGUUCCCCGACAAGUUCAUGGACCCCAAAGUGUUCAGGAAAGCUAGAGAAGUCAGCACUGUGGUACCUUCUGGCAACAGGCAGAUGCCAGUGGUGAUCCCGCAGAACUACACCGCGUCGGAAUGGGACCAGGAGCAGCGCGUGGCUUACUUCCGCGAGGACAUCGGCAUCAACCUGCACCACUGGCACUGGCAUCUCGUGUACCCGUUCGACUCGGCCGACCGGACCAUCGUCGCCAAGGACCGGCGCGGCGAGCUCUUCUACUACAUGCAUCAGCAGAUCGUCGCCAGAUACACAACGGAGCGCUUCUGCAACAAGCUGGGCGCGCCGCGGCGGUUCAGCAACUUCAGGGAGCCCAUUGAAGAGGGCUACUUCCCCAAGUUGGACUCGCAAGUGGCAAGUCGCGCUUGGCCACCCAGGUUCGCGGGCUCCACGAUCCGGGACAUCGACCGGCCCGUGGACCAGAUCCGCGUGGACGUGGCGCAGCUCGAGACGUGGCGGGACCGCUUCCUCGACGCCAUCGACAAGAUGUCCGUCAUGCUGAAAAACGGUCGCCGCGUGCCGCUGGAUGAGGAGACAGGCAUCGACAUGCUGGGCAACAUGAUGGAGUCGUCCAUACUGAGUCCCAACCGGGACUUCUACGGAGACCUGCACAACAUGGGCCACGUGUUUAUUUCUUACUCGCAUGACCCGGAUCAUAGGAAUUUGGAGCAAUUCGGCGUGAUGGGCGACUCGGCGACGGCGAUGCGCGACCCGGUGUUCUACCGCUGGCACGCGUACGUCGACGAUCUGUUCCAGCUCUACAAGAACAAGCUGCCGCCUUACACUACUGAUAAGCUGGACUUCCCCGGCGUGCGCGUGGCGUCGGUGAGCGUGGAGUCCAGCGGUGGGCCCAACGUGUUCCGCACGCAGUGGGAGCAGAGCACGGUGGAGCUGGGCCGCGGGCUGGACUUCACGCCGCGCGGCAGCGUGCUGGCGCGCUUCACGCACCUCACGCACGACGACUUCACUUACGUGAUCGAGGUGAACAACACGAGCGGCGCGGCGCUGAUGGGCACGGUGCGGCUGUUCCUGGCGCCGGCGGCGGACGGCGCGGGCGCGCCGCUCGCCUUCGCCGACCAGCGCCGCCUCAUGAUCGAGCUGGACAAGUUCACGCAAGCGCUGCCGGCGGGCAGCAGCACGGUGCGGCGGCGCUCGGCGCAGUCGUCGGUGACCAUCCCGUACGAGCGCACGUUCCGGCGGCAGGCGGCGCGCCCCGGCGAGCCCGGCGCGGCGCCCGCGGCCGACUUCGACUUCUGCGGCUGCGGCUGGCCGCACCACAUGCUGCUGCCCAAGGGCGCGCCCGACGGCUUCCCCGUCGUGCUCUUCGCCAUGGUCUCCAACUGGGCCGAGGACCGGGUGGAGCAGGACACGGCGGGCACGUGCACGGACGCGGCGUCGUACUGCGGGCUGCGCGACCGGCGCUACCCCGACCGGCGCGCCAUGGGCUUCCCCUUCGACCGGCCCGCGCCCGCCGCCAGCCUCGCCGACUUCCUCACGCCCAACAUGAGCGUGCGCGACUGCUCCAUCCGCUUCUCCGACGCCGUGCGCCAGCGCCAGCAGGGAUCUGUAACCAGCAAUGCCGGCGCUAGCCAAACGAGCAAUAACCAAGCCAGCAAUAUUCCUCCAUUCGCCAAUUUUACUCACAGCGGUAAUUUAACACAAAAUACUAAUCUAACUCAAACUGGAAGUUUAAUUACUCAAAAUGAGGAUUCCAUUCAGAAUGUUAGUUCCCAAAAUGGUUUAACUGACAUAACACAUGUGCUAGCGAGUAGUGUGUUUUCUCAAACGAAUAAUGAUUGUAAUAGAAAUAACGAUAAACUACCAAAUAGUAAAGAAUGCGGCUGCAAAGAAACCUAUACAGCGGAAGAGAUUGAUGCUCUCAUAAGAAAACCAUAUUAUUAUAUCAAAUGUAACCAUAAACAGCACAUAUUCUAAUUGUAAUUUGUAUUUAUAAUUUACUUUAACUGACAGUUUUAUAGAUUACUUGAAAUUAAUUGUUGGCUAUGAAAAUGGACUAUGAUUUAAUAUUUAGAUAUAAAUGGGUCACUAGUUGUAAUUUAACUGUAAAUAUUGUACAUAUGUAAAUACUUAUUCGUAAGAUGUAAUAAAUUAUGCCUUUCACCAA